AUGGGUGGUUCAUCGUUUAUCCAGCUACCCCUCAGUAUACAAAAUAAAAGAGCCGUCAUCAACCCGAAAAACAUCGACGAGGAAUGUUUUAAAUGGGCAAUAUUAGCGAAGCAUGUUACAGGAAUAAACAGAUACCGCGUUGGUUCAAAUUAUACCGAACACGAAAAUAAAUACAAUUUCUCCGGGAUAACGUUUCCAACCCCGCUUUCGGACAUUAAAAAAUUUGAAAAAAAUAAUUCGAACGUGUCCGUAAAUGUUUACGGAUUGAGAGAACAAAAAAAAAUUAAAGGUUCAGUGUAUACCGUUUUUCUACUUAAAGUAGUUAACGAAGAGAAGACGGGCCAUUUUGAUCUCCUAAUAGUUACAAAAGAAGGCAAAUCCCAUUGUGCCUACAUUUCUACCUUUUUUCGUCUCGUCAGAUCUCAAAAAACUGCACAUAAUGGAGAAGUAAUUUUCUGUAAACGAUGUUUCACGGCUUUCGACAACCGUCCGAGGAUGAAAUUGAGUGGACAGGCGGCACUCGACCAACAUAAAUUAAUUUGCGGCGAACAUAAACCGAUUAUACCGAAAAUGCCCGCACUCGGUUCCAUGUUGAAAUUUGAGGCGCGGG